AUGAUAAAUUUUAGAUCCCCCAUGGAUCAAGCCUAUACUAAUUACUCAAUGCAAAGAUGUGUAAUAUACACAUAUGGAUUAAUAAUUAUAUUAAUUUCUUACACACACUGCUCUGAUAAACCAAAUGCUAAACCAACUGAUAACGCAGAUGAAAAUGCCUCUAGUAACAUAUAUGAUAUCAUAGAUUUUAUCCAAGAUCAGCCUACUACACAGGAUGGAAAAUAUUAUUUAAUAGAACCUCAGCCUGGUAAAGAUGGAAAAUACAGAUUAGUUCCAAUUACUCAUCUGGAAUAUAUACCAGCUCAUCCAGAACCACAGCCUGAGCCUAAGGAUACUGAACUACAAUAUCCUGGACCUUAUCAACAUCAACUAGAAUCAUUACUAACUGAAGAUCAAACUACUGAAACGACUAAGCCUAAUGAACCAAAACACCCACAUCAUAGUUAUAAACAUAAUAGACCAACUCCACGUCAUGGUAAAAUAACUGAACCUGAACUGGAACUGAAACCAGAACCAGAACUGGAACCAGAACAUAUGAAACCAAUAUAUCAUAAACCAGGAUAUUAUGAACAAGCUGAUACUAUUAGGAAAAAAUCUGAACACACUAAAAUAUGUAAACAAAUUACUUUUAUUAAGAAAGAUGAAAUGGGAAAUUUUGUCGAAAUGGAUAAUCAUGAUUUUGACAUAGAUUACGAGGUAAAGGCUACGAUUAAAUAUUCAUUCAAAACUAAUCUAGAAAUAAUAUAUUGUGACGGUGAGAUAGUUUAUACUCAUGAUAUUGGAAUGGAAUAUGCUUUAUCAUUAAAAUACAGUAAAUUUAUGGGAAGGUUCAUUAUUCAAUUAAGAAAGGAUUUUCUUUUCAUCAGAUACUUAGAUGACAAGUGGUUAGUAAAAACUAAAAAAAUUCCAGACUAUAUAAAAAUAUUCACACAAGAUGAUCAAGGGAAUUACAUUGAACUGACUCCAGAACACUGCAAUAUUGAUAUAACUUCAACUGGAUCAUUUAAAUAUAAUGUUGAUUCAUUAAAAUGUACCAGAAUUGAAUAUUAUAAUGAACUAGUUUGGGAUAAAAGGAUUAAGAGAGGUUAUCCAAUGACAAUAUGUUAUAGUCUUAAAAUAUCAUUUAUGAUUUAUUUCAAAGGAUAUGUUUGUUUUUAUGAAAGAAUAAAUGGAAUGUUUUAUUUAAAACAUAUUAGAAGUAAUAAAACAAAGGGAUACCUAGAUAAGUGA